GUCUUUAAGUAUAGGGUGAAGGUUUCUCUUCACGGUGCAUGGACGGAAAGCCAAUGCGCAGGUGUACCAGUACUCGACCAGGAGAGACCGGAAUGGACGUGACUAGCCGUUGCACACUCGGAGAUCCAAACAAACUGCCAGAAGGGGUGCCGCAGCCUGCUCGCAUGCCCUACAUCUCUGACAAGCACCCUCGACAAACUUUGGAAGUCAUCAAUCUUCUCCGGAAGCACCGGGAAUUGUGCGAUGUGGUGCUAGUAGUCGGUGCGAAGAAGAUCUAUGCUCACAGGGUGAUUCUGUCCGCCUGCAGCCCUUACUUCCGAGCCAUGUUCACUGGGGAGCUGGCAGAGAGUCGGCAGACAGAAGUAGUGAUCAGAGACAUCGAUGAAAGGGCCAUGGAACUGCUGAUUGACUUUGCAUACACCUCUCAGAUCACUGUGGAAGAGGGAAAUGUCCAGACCUUGUUGCCAGCUGCUUGCCUUCUCCAGUUGGCCGAGAUUCAGGAGGCUUGCUGCGAGUUCCUUAAGAGACAAUUGGACCCUUCCAAUUGCCUGGGCAUCCGAGCUUUUGCUGACACUCACUCAUGCCGUGAACUGCUGAGGAUUGCUGACAAGUUCACACAGCAUAACUUCCAGGAGGUAAUGGAGAGUGAGGAGUUCAUGCUGCUCCCUGCCAAUCAGCUCAUAGACAUUAUAUCCAGUGAUGAGUUAAAUGUUCGCAGUGAAGAGCAGGUGUUCAAUGCGGUGAUGGCCUGGGUGAAAUACAGCAUACAGGAAAGAAGACCCCAGCUGCCACAGGUCCUGCAGCAUGUCCGUCUACCGCUGCUGAGUCCCAAAUUUCUUGUGGGUACAGUGGGCUCUGAUCCACUUAUUAAGAGCGAUGAGGAAUGCAGGGAUCUAGUGGAUGAAGCUAAAAAUUAUCUGCUGUUGCCCCAAGAGCGACCACUGAUGCAAGGACCAAGAACUAGACCACGCAAACCCAUCCGCUGUGGAGAAGUGCUCUUUGCAGUGGGGGGCUGGUGUAGCGGGGAUGCAAUUUCCAGUGUCGAGCGCUAUGACCCUCAAACCAACGAGUGGCGGAUGGUGGCUUCCAUGAGCAAAAGACGCUGUGGUGUUGGAGUCAGUGUUCUGGAUGACCUCCUCUAUGCUGUGGGAGGCCAUGAUGGUUCCUCUUAUCUUAACAGUGUAGAAAGGUAUGAUCCGAAGACCAAUCAGUGGAGCAGUGAUGUGGCCCCCACCAGCACCUGCAGGACCAGUGUUGGAGUAGCAGUUCUUGGGGGCUACCUCUAUGCUGUGGGUGGCCAGGAUGGUGUCUCUUGUCUCAACAUUGUGGAAAGGUAUGAUCCCAAAGAAAACAAAUGGACUCGAGUGGCUUCCAUGAGCACCAGGCGCCUGGGGGUUGCAGUGGCUGUGCUGGGGGGCUUCCUCUAUGCUGUGGGAGGCUCUGAUGGGACUUCUCCUCUCAAUACGGUGGAACGCUACAAUCCCCAGGAGAACCGCUGGCACACAAUUGCACCCAUGGGGACGAGGAGGAAGCACCUGGGCUGUGCAGUAUACCAAGACAUGAUUUAUGCUGUGGGCGGCAGAGAUGAUACAACAGAGCUCAGUAGUGCUGAGAGAUACAACCCUCGAACCAACCAGUGGUCUCCUGUUGUGGCCAUGACAUCCCGCCGAAGUGGAGUUGGCCUUGCAGUGGUGAAUGGACAGCUAAUGGCAGUGGGGGGUUUUGAUGGCACAACGUACUUGAAGACCAUUGAGGUGUUUGAUCCAGAUGCUAACACAUGGAGGUUGUAUGGUGGGAUGAACUAUCGGCGGCUGGGAGGAGGAGUAGGUGUUAUCAAAAUGACACACUGUGAAUCUCAUAUAUGGUAAGCAUCAAGACGGGGGGAGACCCCUUGGUUCUCGUUCCUAGAAAAACUGAAGAGACUUGUUGACACUGGACCUCUUUGCAGCUCUGGUAUGAACGGUCUAGAUCCAAUGUAACUCUUUGCCAGUGACUCUUUCUAUGGAAUUAUAAAAAUUACUUCUGUGAGAGUGCCCAAUGGGAGACCACGUCAGACUCCAGGGAACCACUGGACAAAAGUAGAAGUGUUGCUUAUGUCCGUAUUUUUUCUAAAUAGUCUACACUUUUGAAUAAACCAAAUGGUAAAAGAUACUGUAGCGUAAACAAUGCUGAUGUAGAGGCCACGUGCUAUACUGGGAGUCUGGCAAGGAGGAGGGUUUCCUGCUUUCCCUCCUGCUGUGAGCAGCGGAUGUGGCAGCUGUGUGGUGGGCGAAAGAGGAAAGUGAUACAGAAAACAUUGCUUUUUGCCUUAUUUACAGAGAGCUUCAAAAAAAGUACUUGACCUGCAAGGUGCCACCUUUGCACAGAAGCUUUUCUGUGCACAGAGUAUAUUUAUUUUUUCAUUUAAUUUGUAUCAUGUAUUUUCUUUGUAUCGCUCACAGCGAUAAUUCCAGCUUUUUAUAUACAUAUAUGUGUAUUUUAUAUAUAUAUGUAUAUGUGUGUGCGCAAUUUGAAUUUUGACAAGCUGGUGGCUAGGGCAGGGCUAUGUCCUGCCAGCUAUUGUGGUUCCAACCCUUGUGGUAUGUUUUAGGGUCUCUUAGAGUACAGGAGAGCUAUGAGGAUGGGUGCCCUGAAUCCCUUUUCAGUCUUGCUGGAGGCAAGAAGUAAAACUGGAACUCUCAUCUAUCGACUGAAUCAGUGAAGUGCUCAAAAAGGGUGAGAGUGAAGAGGAUUUCAAAUGAUGCCUUUUUACUGUACAGUGUAUGGUACAAAAGUACAGCUUUUGUCUCUCCCCUUCCCUUGUAUAUGAAC